AUGGCAGAUCUAUUUUUGAAGCAGGCAAAACAAUAUGCAGAUGCAAGACCAAGUUACCCUCCACAACUCUUCCAAUUCAUUGCUUCAAAGACUCCCUCUCACAACCUCGUUUGGGACGUGGGCACUGGAAGUGGCCAGGCUGCCAAAUCUUUAGCUGUGCUGUACGAGAAUGUGAUAGCCACAGAUGCUAGUGCUAAGCAGCUUGAAUUUGCAGUCGAGCUUCCUAACGUGCUAUAUCAGCACACCCCUGCAAUCAUGUCAAUGGCUGAACUUGAACAAAUGGUGGCAUCUGAGGGAACCAUAGACCUUGUGACCAUAGCCCAAUCCCUGCAUUGGUUUGACCUCCCAACCUUCUACCAACAAGUCAAAUGGGUCCUCAAGAAGCCUCAUGGAGUCAUUGCUGCAUGGUGCUACUAUUUGCCAAGAGUCUGUGACGAAGUAGACUCUGUCCUUGAUCAAUUCUAUUCCGCUCAAGCAGGGCCUUAUUGGGAUCCAGCACGUAAAUUGGUUGAUAACCUUUAUGGAACCAUUGAUUUUCCAUUUGAGCCUGUGGAGGGUGCUGAUCACACUGGAUCCUAUGAGUUUGUGGCAGAAACUUCGAUGAAUUUCGAUGAUUUCUUGACUUACUUAAAAUCAUGGUCAUCAUAUCAGACAGCUAAGGAGAAAGGGGUGGAGCUUCUUUCAGAGGAUGCAGUUGAAAAAUUCAAGCUUGCUUGGGGAGAAGAUGGUAAAAAAGUUGCCAAGUUUCCUAUUUAUCUGAGAAUUGGAAGAGUUGGGGAUACCUAA